ACCAUUCAAGAUGGAUAAGUUCCGUAUGAUGUUCCAGUUCCUCCAAUCCAACCAGGAGUCCUUCAUGAAUGGCAUCUGUGGUAUCAUGGCCCUAGCUAGCGCCCAGCUCUACUCAGCCUUCGAGUUUAGCUGCCCUUGUAUCCCGGAGUACAACUACGCUUACGGGAUUGGACUGCUGGUUAUCCCACCUAUAUGGUUUUUCCUACUAGGGUUCGUGUUGAAUAACAAUGUUUCGAUGUUAGCUGAGGAGUGGAAAAGGCCAACGGGGAAGAGGGUGAAGGAUCCGACGAUCCUUCGUUACAUGUUCGUUUCGAUCACGCAGCGGUCCUUGAUCGCGCCCAUGGUGUGGAUAUCUGUGACUCUUAUGGACGGGAAGAGCUUCCUGUGUGCGUUCAGCAUCAACUUGGACAUUCAUCAGUUUGGGAAUUCGACCCUCAUUGAGGGAAUGACGGAAGUGGAGAUUGUUAAAUUGUUAGCGAAGAUUCCAUGCAAGAAUAUCUUCGAUCAGCCCGAGGUGGUAUCGAGAGAAGCGGCAUCGAGAUAUAUCAAGUGUAUAUCCCAGGCGUUUGGCUGGGUAUUCCUGCUGCUGAUGACCUUAGCAGCCUUCAUGAUACGAGCCAUCCGACCCUGCUUCACCCAAGCUGCCUUCCUCAAGACCAAAUACUGGUCUCACUACGUCGACAUCGAGCGCAAGCUCUUCGACGAGACGUGCAAGGAGCACGCCAAGACCUUCGCCAAGGUCUGCAUCCAGCAGUACUUUGAGAGCAUCAGCGGCGACAUGCGCAGCUUCCACAAGCACCGGUCAAGCAAAGACGAUAGCGACGAUGAUGAUGAUGACAAGAAGAAGAGCGACGAGGACAAGCUUCUCGGGAUCCACGACCAGGACGACAUGAAUAAAGUUCUGUGGAAUUGGCACACGUGUAAGCCGCCUCUGGCACUGAGGAAGGAACAGCCGGAUGGAGAAUCCCAUGAAGGGCUCAUACCAAAUGGAGACGUCAGUGGAGGACCAAAUGGAUAUGCUAACGGUCACGCUCCUGAUUUGCCUAAGAGGGAAUGGGCGGUAUACUACAGCAAAGUUUGAACAUUUCAAAAGAGGAAAAAGCACCAUUCACUGUGACAUGGAUAUUUUUGAUUGACUAUUUAGACUGAUAAGACUGAUUGUC